CAAUCAUAUUUAUCGAAGUACGUCAUUUUUACGCAAGAUUCUGCGCACACUGUCUGGGCGUCCGCCAUGAUCGAAGGUCAACACCCCGUCGUCCAGGCCCUGCUUGGUACACUCGUCACAUGGGGCUUUACCGCUCUAGGCUCGGCCAUGGUGUUCGUGUUGGACGUCGAGGACAAACACACGAGCCAGAAGAUCCUGGACGGUAUGCUGGGUUUCGCAGGUGGCGUGAUGCUGGCCGCCUCUUAUUGGUCACUAUUGGCUCCCUCCAUCGAGAUCGCAGAGGAGUCAGAGCUCUAUGGCCCCGACGGUCGCUGGUCUUUCGUGCCUGCCGCUGUGGGCUUCAUGCUCGGAGCGCUCACGCUCUUUGGCACUGAGAGAGUGUUGCCUCUUUUGGAGAAAUACCUGGGUGUAUCUCCGCACUCAAUGGGAAGCAAGGACGCCGAUCUGAAGAAGAAGAAGAAAGACGACGACUACAAAGGGGAGAAAGAGGAGCACGAGAGCUACGACAAACCUACAACGGCCAGUACCAGCAGCUUCCGUCGGGUUUUAUUGCUAGUUAUUGCCAUUACGCUGCACAAUCUGCCGGAAGGAAUGGCGGUUGGAGUGGGUUUUGGUAGUGUGGGUCACAGCAGCAGUGCUAGCUUCGCCAAUGCCGUGAAUCUGGCCAUUGGCAUUGGGCUGCAGAACUUUCCCGAGGGACUGGCAGUGUCGAUGCCUUUGAGAAGGGAAGGCACGUCGGCGUUUAAGGCGUUCAUGUGGGGACAAGCGAGUGGACUCGUGGAGCCAAUUGGAGGGUUGAUUGGAGCUGGAGCUGUUCUGUACGUGCAGCCGAUUCUGCCGUACGCGCUGUCGUUUGCGGCGGGUGCCAUGAUCUUUGUCGUGGUGGACGAUUUGGUGCCGGAGACAACACAGAGCGGCAACCAGAAGCUUGCGACUUUCGGCACCAUCGUGGGCUUCGUCGUCAUGAUGGUCAUGGACGUCGCACUUGGAUAGAGAUGUAACUCUACUUUAGAUCCUUCGAAACCCGAUAGGAGGAGCAAUAACCUCCUGGAAAAUGUAUUGUGUGCUUUAACCGUUUAACUGUCGAUGGCUCUAGUUA